CAUACAUACAUCAUCGGAUCAAAACCUCAUACAUCCCUGCCUUUUUCUUCUAAUGACGACAAUCAUAACGAUGCUAAUAGAAGUUACAACGAUAGAAAUUUGAGAUGGUAUAAUCGCACGUCUGUUGUUUGCAUUGCCACUGCGAACUAUAUCGUGAAAAAGGGGAGGGGUCUCGACUGCUUGAUCAUGGGGUGAAUUGGUAGACGAGUAUUAUUCAUAAUAUUUUUGAGUCUAUCUACAAAAUCUUUAUUCUAGUCUUUUGAUCUAGACUACCAGAAGACUAAUACCUAUUGGCUAUCAUCCACUUUGUAUAACCGUUGGCGCAAACCAUGCCACUCUUGCGACUUCGUUGCAUUUACUUUGGUAACGUGAAUCGCGACGAACGAGAGUUGUAGCGGCUGAGAAAUUCCAAGUUGGAAAAGGAGAAGAUUAAACUUGAAGAUGAUGUUCAGACGGAGCUUUCCUCAUAUCCGCCAAGGUCUGCUCGUACAACGCUGUCAGAGUGUGAGAUCUUUUUCUCUCACUUCCUGCCGUCGCGAGAUCCUCGACGCCUCUGUACUUCCCGAGCGCAUUCUACCCGAGUACAAGGAGAGUCCAACCUCUUCUCUGCUGUCUUUACAAUGGCCAGAACCGCCGCGGAAUAUCCUCAUCAUUCCAAAGCUACAUGAUCCUAAGGUGACUGCUUCUGCCAUCUCAUUUGCGAACCAUAUUCACAGCGAAUACCCCGAUCUGAAUCUCGUGUUUGAGCGCCGAAUCGCCUCUACUAUGCACGAGUCCCUGUCUUUUCCCAUCUACACAUCUGAUCCAAGCCUGUUUCCUCGCAAGAUUGAUCUCAUGACCACCCUGGGUGGCGAUGGAACCAUUCUACGCGCAGCUAGCCUUUUCAGUCUACAUGCGUCCGUGCCUCCCAUCUUGUCAUUCAGUAUGGGGUCGCUAGGCUUUCUAGGCGAGUGGAAGUUUGAGGAAUUCAAACGCGCUUGGCGUGAAGUAUACAUGAGCGGAAGCCGUGUUGCCGUAUCCGACUUGCAGGGCCCCCAUACGCAGUUUGCUACCAACGGCCGGCCUGAUAAGGACGAAGGCCGUCUUCAUAGCAACUGGGAAGGCCUCCGCGGAAAGAGCAUGGGUCUUACUCGGUCUAGCAAGAUCCUUCUGCGUCAUCGGUUAAAGGUUGGAGUUUAUGACGCCGCGGGUGUCAAUAUAAACGAGCAACUCAUACCCAACCCGAUCGUCGAGCCGUCGCAGUCCACCUCGACGACACCUAUCGAUCCAGAGCUCGUAGGGAAGAAUGAAGGACAAGACGGGUCCCGACCAUUCCACGCCGUGAACGAACUUGUUAUCCACCGUGGUCCAAAUACGCACCUUGCCAUUAUCGAUGUCUAUGUGAAUAAUCACUUCUUAACGGAGGCGGUGGCCGAUGGGAUCUUAAUCAGCACGCCGACGGGGUCCACGGCAUACUCACUCUCCGCUGGUGGUAGCAUUAUGCACCCCUUGGUCAAGACGCUGCUGAUCACUCCAAUAUGCGCUCGCAGUCUCAGCUUUCGGCCGCUUGGCCUCCCCUUGAACACCAAGGUAGUCCUCAAGCUGAGCGAGAAAAACCGUGGACGCGAACUUGAAGUCAGCAUCGACGGCAGGCGAAGGGCUGCUGUAACCGUCGGUAUGGAGAUCCGCGUUGAAGGUGAGACCGUUGGCCGUACCGCUGGCGGCAGCUGGGCUGGGGGGGUGCCUAGCGUUAUUAGGUCCCCUGUCAAGGGCGACGGCGGGAGAGAUGGAAUUGCGGAGGAUGACGACGGGUGGGUUGGUGGAUUAAUCGGCCUGCUUAAGUUCAACUAUCCAUUCGGUGACGGUCAAUGAAAAUCAUGUCUGUAUUGGGGAUCGGAAUCUGAGUUUCAUAGCAUGAGUACGUACAUAUUGGCUAAUAAUGGGUUCGUUGGGAGACUCGAGGUAAGGUUAUCUUGAGUAUGUUAGGUCUUGUCUAACCCUUUUCCCACCCUCUUUGCCAAGAAUUCGGUGGCUACCUCCUGGAUGCCUCAGAUAUCUUUCAUCGCAUUUACAGAUACCCGAAAAGAAAUAACGUCUUCUGUCUCAAAAUCUCACUGUCGCA